GCGGAUGGUCGCAAACUUGUUCAUUCACUUGAGACUAGCGCAGUUAAACGAGAGCACAAGCUCCCUGAUACACACACUUACACACAGACUGACGAGAUUGACUUUUUAAAUUAAAUUAUCGAUUUUCUUGGGGGGUGUGUCGUCCCUUUUUAUUAUUAUUUUUUUUUAAUUCGUAUUAUAACGUUUGGUUGCUAGCUACAAAUGUGGCUUGCUAACCACGAAACUUAGAGGGGGCAGCGUUGUCAGUCGCCAACUCAGCUGUGUGCUGGUUUUAUUAUUUUUAUUUUUUCUCUCUCUCUCUUGCUGUAGAAAACAGUUCGGGAGGGAGGGCGGGAGGUUGGGUUUGUUCACCAAAAGAGGAGGCGGCGACCAGGCGGUUGUGUUUAUCUGUGAGCCUCCCGAUACGUCCGUGAGCGACUGUACGCCGAUUUUUUUUCUCUCCUUCCGUUAGGCUCGCGCGGCUCAUGCAUAAUUCAUGACAUCAAGAAGAGUGUGUCGACGGGAGGCGGGGUUAUGCAAAUAGCGCCGCUCGUCCUCGUAACUCAGCAGGCAAGUUGACGCACGGCACGCCGAAAAGAGAUAAAUGCCAGCUCCCUCAUCAGCGUGUGCAGCGUCCGGUGGAAGAUGAUAGAGAUGUCAGUUGAGAAAGAGACUGUUUUACCAGACAACGGGAGAGUGGACCCGGUGGUUCACCUGCAGCCCCAGCCAAGUGCAGAAUGUAUUGAGAGCUGCAGCCGUGGUCCUCGGACUGUGCCGGCUGCCCUGGAGACCUCUGGGAGUUCCGACACUCCUUCUGCGGGUGCCGCGGCAACCUUUGUGGGCAGCUUGACACUGACAGAGAAGCAGGCCAGCAACGGAAAAUCUACCAGUGACUGUGGUCGGACUGUGAGUAUGGAGCUUGAUGCCAAGGUAACUGGAGCCCCCUUUCAGCCCAAAAAUGGGCUGCAGUCAUCUCGGCAACAGCGGCCGCCGCAGCAGCAGCAGCAACAACAACAACAUCCACGACAACAGCAGCAAGUUCCGCAGUCGCAGAAACUGAGCAAGCGGCGCAGCACCAUGAGCGCGGGGUUCAAGCAUCCCGGUUUUGGCAAAAGACGGCGACGAGCCAACUCUGAGAGUGAUCCAGUCUUGCCUACCAACUUCCUUCUGGGUGGGAAUAUCUUUGACCCUCUCAAUCUCAACAGUUUGCUGGAUGAGGAGGUGAAUAGGGCCAUCAACGCGGAGACGCCAAAGUCAUCCCCACUGCCAGCCAAAAGCCGUGAUCCUGUUGAGAUCCUCAUCCCUCGCGACAUCACAGAUCCACUGAAUCUCAAUAGCACCAGAUCAGACGCCGGCAUUUUGGCUUCACCCAUCAAGAGCGGGGGCCGGAAAAGGCACCGCAACCGGCACCACGGUGGAGGGGGCAAUGCUGUCAUGGCUCUGGCCGACCCCUUGGAGCCAGAGAAGUUUAAGGCCGGUGAUGUGUGCUCCACCACAUCGAGUGGAGGGGUCUCGUCUUCUGUGCCGCUACCAACAGUCAGUGCCAUGGGUGACGGUCUCGUUGCAGAGGCCUUUGGGGAGGGUGCCAUUUUGCUCAACCUGACACCUGUUCAAGAAUCCCCUAGGCCGUAUGAGCUGAACACCAUUCUGAACUGCAGGGAUGUCAUUGUGCCACCCAUUCUUCCACGUAGUCACCAGACCCCAGCGGCCCUUACCUCCCAGUCACAGAGCACUGGGGAGUCUGCUUCCUGCUCGGCCUCAGGCAACCAUGCAUCUCGCUUCCCUAAUGCGAGGCAGAGAAAGCGCAGGCGAGCUUCCAGCAAGUCAGAACCUUCUGCAGUUACUCCCAGUCCUUCCAUGAAGAAGUGGGGAGGAGAGAAGGGGCAGAGGCCUGGACCCGGGCCAGCGAAGCAGCCUCAGACCUUCCAUACACCGGCCAGCAGCACUGGUGUUGGUGUGCCGGUGGGUCGGCCGCAAAUUCAAAACCAGCGCAAGCAUCAGAAGAAAUUCCAGUACGGGAACUAUAACAAGUACUACGGCUACCGCAACCCGGGCUGGAGCGAGGACCCACGUAUGCGUGUCCUGAAGCCUGAGUGGUUCCAGGGCAAAACUGUCCUCGAUCUAGGCUGCAACACAGGCCACCUGACUCUGUCCAUUGCCAAAAACUGGCGCCCCCUUCAAAUUGUCGGCCUGGACAUCGAUGGUGCACUGGUGCACGCUGCCCGGCAGAACAUCCGCCACUACCUGUCCGAGGUACAGACCCAGGAGGCACGACGGGCAGCACGGGAGGGGCAGGUUGGCACCUGUGGAUGGCACAAAGAGAAAGAACGGGUGAGUGAGGAAGAGAUGAAGUCAGACAAGCUCAUCAAAGAGGUGGACAAGAUGGAAGAUGGAGAAGAUGCAAAGCGAGAAGUUGGAGAGGAAAUCGUGAAAGAUGCAGAGCUGCCUGUGUUUGUGGAGAGCCGAGAUGAACAGGAGGAGGGUACAGAGAAGAUGGACGGGAGAGAAAGUAGCAAGCGCUCAAAGGGGCCCCUUGCGGACACAGUGGGGGUGGACCACCCAUUCCCUGUCUCCCUGCGCAUCUCUAGGGGUCCCAUAGCUGCUCCACCUCUCCCUGAGAUGCUUCCUGAGAGGCCUGGGGACUUCCCUGGCAAUGUGUCCUUUGUGAGGGGGAACUACGUGUUGGAGAACGAUGCUCUCCUGCAUGCACAGAAGCCAGAGUAUGACAUAAUUUUGUGUCUGAGCGUCACCAAGUGGGUGCAUCUUAACUGGGGCGAUGCGGGAUUGCAGCGCCUCUUCCAGAGGGUCUAUCGUCACCUACGUCCUGGAGGUCUCUUCAUCCUGGAGCCACAGCCCUGGGCUUCCUACGGCAAGCGGAAGAAGCUUACUGACACAAUUUUUAGGAAUUACCAUAACAUCCGCUUCAGGCCUGACCAGUUCAGCACGUACCUGACAUCUGAGGUGGGCUUCUCCAGCUACGAGCUUGUUGGAACACCGAAGAGCUCCUCCAGAGGAUUUCAGAGACCAAUUUACCUGUUCCACAAAGGACCCUCCUCUCAAAGGAAGUGAAUCCAGUCCCAGGAGUAGCAGCAAGUCAAAGAAAAACAAACCGCUCACAAUAAAGAAGAUUUCAUCUGCCUAAACACAAGAUCUACUGUAACCUUCUCUUUGUGACAUCUAUUCAGAACAUCUGUUUUGGGUGUUUUUAAUAUGGCCAGAAGUCCUUGGCUCUGGGGGAAAAAGUUCACAGCUGAGGAUGAGAAUCAUAUUGAAAUAUAAUAUGAAGACACUGAAAGCUAAACCAGCCUCUUGAACUGUUGUUACACUGGUAUUGACUUUGGAUGAACUUUCAGAGCACAUACGUGCAUAAAAAAAAAAAAAACCCAUACCACCCCUCUGCAGAUGUGUUCUGCUUUGCAGUAGUUCUUUUUUUUUUCUCUUUCCAAUUGUACAGUUCCUGUGUAAGAAGAGCAGCUGACCCUUUCCUGGUGCAGACAUGCCAUAUUCCUUACAUUUCUCUGCCAGAGACUUUCAGUGGUUGAAAGCUCAGUUCAGUGGCACUGCUGUACUGGCUGACAUACACACAAACACACCAAGACCUUGGUAACCUGUGGGGGCCAGCACUGUGAGUGGAAUGUAAAA